AUCUUGCUUUGAAAAGAAGUUCAAAGCGCAGCAAGAAAUCUGUUGUAAUGGCUUCACCGAUUCGAAGAAGCGGUAGAUUGCAGCUUGCAGAGAUUAUGAAAAGGCCAAAAGUACACGCUGCGCAUGUCGACAUGGUCGAUGAUGACGAGGAUUCUGUGGAAGAUGGAGGUGCAAAUGGGAAUGAUAAUGCUGGUUCAGAUGUGUCUGGAGAUGAUGCAGUGAUUGGGGGAGAUGAAGGCGGGAAUGCAGAAGAGGAGACUGACAGUGAUGAUGCAUUUGAUGACCCACCUCGGAAGACAUCAACUGACCCUUCACCGAGUGCUUCGAGGAAGAAUGCUGCAACAGUAAAGAAACGAAAGAGGGAGGGGAUAACCAAAUUGAAGGAGAAGUACCUACGAAUUCAGUCAAGAGCUUCUCCCAACGUUUUGCAAAAAGUGGUUGAAGCUCUGAACGAAGUUCAGAGGCGGGAAGUUGUGAGAAUUGGGUUUGGGUCUAUGUUAAAGAUCAAGUUAACAGAGCUUCCAGCGAAACUAGGAUUUUGGGUGGUAGAGAAAUUUAAUCCUAGGAGUAGCAGUAUUGAACUUGCAGAUGGAACGAAGGUGCGUGUUACGGUGGAUGAUAUUAGACAUGUUUUGGGUUUGCCGUGUGGGCGUGCUAAGGUGUUCUACGUGGACCGAGUGGUGCUCUAUAGAAGGGACGUUGAGAGAAUGUCGCCUGCAUUUCUGGGAUGGACAUCUAAGAUCCUAAGGGAUAGAGAAAACAAUGAGGUCAGAGCAGGUGGAUUCGGGUUGGGGUAUGACGAUGGAAGAUUUGUUGGUGAGGUGGUGGAUGCGAGCUCUGGUGACACAGAUGUUGGGGCAG